UCAUCAUUGUUACGAAUUGCGAUAUGAAAAAGCUGAAUGUAUUUUUAAAAUUCAAGUGAUUAUACUGUGAAAAAAUUAAAUAGAAUCGUGUAAAUAAAUCAUUCCAUUAUGUUAUAGUUGUAGUAUUAUGUAGAUUAAGUCACCUGUGCUAUAUUAUUUACAAAGUUACAUUGUGUAUAUCUAUUGCACGUAGAAUUCGUUACGCUUACAGUGAUUUUCAGUGUUUCAUACAGUAAAGACGUAUCAAAGGUCUAAAAAAUGAAAUUCGCUGAACAUCUAAGCGCACAUAUAACGCCCGAGUGGCGGAAACAGUAUAUAAACUAUGAGGAAAUGAAGGCGAUGUUAUACACAGCAGUAGAAGAGGCUCCAUCGGCUGAAAAUGUAGAACCAGAGGUGCUUUCAAGGCACUUUGCAAACUUUGAUGAAACUUUUUUCCAUUAUUGUGAUGAAGAGCUGAAGAAAAUUAACACAUUUUAUUCAGAAAAGUUAGCAGAGGCUACAAGAAAGUAUGCAACCUUACAAAGCGAAUUGAAAUCAAGAUUCGACACAAUAAAACCUAAGAGUGGGGGUGACAGCAAAAAGGCGAUCCCCAGAAGGAAAGUACAGGAAUUAAAGUUGGCGUUUAGUGAAUUUUACCUUAGUUUAAUAUUGUUACAAAAUUAUCAGAAUUUAAAUUAUACAGGAUUUAGGAAGAUAUUGAAGAAGCAUGAUAAGUUAUUAAAUGUGAGUAAUGGUGCCCAAUGGCGGGCAGAGCACGUCGAAACAUCGCACUUUUAUACAAACAAAGAUAUAGAUCGAUUGAUCAGCGAUACUGAAGCGACCGUUACUAAUGAUCUGGAAGGCGGAGACAGACAGAAAGCGAUGAAAAAACUUCGCGUGCCACCAUUAGGCGAACAACAGAGUCCCUGGACGACGUUCAAAGUCGGUCUGUUUUCUGGAUCAUUCAUAGUUCUUUCCAUCACAGUUGUGUUAUCUGCGCUAUUCCACGAUGCGGCAACAGAAAACUUCAAAACGGCCUUCCGGUUGUACCGCGGGCCAUUCCUAUUGGUCGAAUUCAUAUUCCUAAUCGGAAUAAACGUAUAUGGUUGGCGCAGUUCUGGCGUCAACCAUGUUUUAAUUUUCGAAUUAGAUCCAAGAAAGCAUCUUUCUGAACAACAUUUGAUGGAAUUGGCGGCGAUUUUUGGGGUCGUCUGGGCGUUGAGUAUACUCAGUUUUAUAUACAGUGCCAGUUUGAGUAUACCGCCGUUCGUCAAUCCGCUAGCGCUAGUGUUGAUUAUGCUGGCGUUUUUGAUGAACCCCUUUAGGGUGUUUCGGCAUGAAGCGAGGUUCUGGUUUUUGAGGAUAUGUGGUCGUAUUCUAGCCGCGCCAUUUAUGCCGGUGCUGUUCGCGGACUUCUGGCUCGCGGACCAGUGGAACUCUUUUGUCUAUGCUUUCUUGGAUUUUCACUAUUUGGUCGCGUUCUAUGUGGCUGGUGCCGAUUGGUUUAUUGUUAAUGAUACGUUCGAAUCAACAAAAUGGUUCCUAAUAUCUCGAGCAAUAGUAAACAUUAUCCCGGCUUGGACUCGUUUCUGGCAAUGUCUCCGUCGAUACCGGGAUAGUAAGGAGGCGUUCCCGCAUCUCGUGAACGCCGGGAAAUAUUCGACUACCUUCUUUGUAGUGCUGUUUUCUACUAUGCGGACUAUGUAUAAGGCGGAAUACGAGAACCCAUACGACAAUCCGUUUCUCUACGCGUGGCUCGGCUGCCAAUUCAUAUCCUCGUGCUACACAUACACGUGGGACGUUAAGAUGGACUGGGGACUGUUCACCGCAGGCCUGCAAGCGGAGAACAGCUUGCUGAGAGAGGAGAUUGUUUAUAGUGUUGGGUUCUACUAUUUUGCGAUCAUAGAAGACUUUGUGUUGCGUUUCAUUUGGGCGCCGGCGUUCUACUUAACCGAGAAUAAAAUAGUUAGCUCUGAAACCGUCAUAUCUGUAUUGGCACCUCUUGAAGUAUUUAGACGUUUCAUAUGGAACUACUUCCGUCUCGAGAACGAGCACCUCAACAACUGCGGCAAGUUCCGAGCCGUUAGAGAUAUAUCCGUCGCGCCGUUGGACUCAUCUGACCAAGCGCUGAUACUGCGCAUGAUGGACCUGCCUGACGGAGUGCAUAACAGAGCCACUAAAAAGAAGAACCCGAAAAAGAUAAAAGAGAACGACAGAAAGCCGCUGCUCAAGAAGGAAUCCAUUCAAGACAUUCAACUCGAAUUAGAUUUGUCCUCCAAAAUGUUGUAACCAACUGUGAUAUGUAGUGUACUUGAUAUUUUGUUUAUAAGCGAUAUUAUGAGUAUUAUUAAAUAUAUUUCUAUUAAA